CCUAUCCGCUCUGUGAAAUUUCUUCCCUCGUCCCUCCAAUUCCUCUGUGCCAAUUGUUUGAGGACGGGAAGCUCUUAAUGGUAAGUCAUGUCUUAUUUUCUACGAAUGGACGAACGGCGAGCAGUCUUGGAAGACAAUCUAUGUAGUUGGAGAAUGUUGGCGUCUAGAAUCACUGCCACUGCCACUGCCCGCUUUCUUUCUGUUUCGUGCUUGGCAUUUGUUCAAUAUAUUUAUAUAUGCGUUUGAUUUGUAUGAUGGACUGAUUGAAUUGCUUAAAGAAGAUCAAUUUUUCCCUUGCCUUUGCCUUCUUGGCACGCUGUGGAUUGUAAUUUAAUUGCAAGUGAUGUCAAGAGUAGGCUACAGCUUAUCGACCAAGUUGUUAAAUAUAUCUAUAGCUUCUCUUUGUAGAUCUAGACAAUUGGAGAAAGCAGAAGCUGCUCUAAUAGAUGGUAUUAGGUUAGGAGUACUACCGGAUGUGGUUACUUACAACACUCUGAUAGCCGGGUACUGUGAAGUUUCUGGUUUUGACAAAGGUUAUUCUGUCAUCCCCAGAAUGAAAGAAGCUGGGAUAACCCCAAAUUUGAUUACUUACAAUUCUUUGAUGGCUGGUGCCGCCAGGCAGGAAUUGUUACAUUGCUGUCUUGAUAUGCUCGAGGAGAUGCUUGAUAUGGGGAUUGCUCCGGAUAUGUGGAGUUAUAAUACCUUGAUGCAUUGCUAUUUUAUAUUGGGAAGGCCUGAUGAAGGAUACAGGAUAUUCCACGACAUCAUUGUUAAGAAUUUCACACCUUGUCAAGCCACAUGUAACAUCUUGAUUGGGGGGCUUUGCAAUAAUGGCCACAUCCACAAUGCUCUAAGGUUAUUUAGGAAUUUGAAGAUUCAUGGAUGUGCUCCUCAGGUACUAACAUAUAACAUACUUAUCACUAGUUUGUGCAAUUCUAAAAUGUGGAGGAGGAUGAUGAGUCUCUUUAAGGAACUUAAGGGAUCAGGUCAGCGCCCAACUGCUCGGACUUAUACUUCAGUUAUGAAGUGCUGCUUUCACUGCGAACACUUCAGAGAAGGAUUUGAGAUUUUUUCAGAGAUGAAGAAGAAUGGAUAUGCAUACGAUCUAUUUUCCUACUGUACAGUUGUCAGUGCUUUGGUGAAGUCAGGCAGGAGGAAAGACACUGAUGGGUGUAUUGCACAGAUGAUUAAGAUUGGGUAUGAUCAAGACAUUGUAGCAUAUAACACCUUAGCAUAUUGGCAUAUCAGGGAAGGAAGGCUGGAGAAGGCCUAUAGUUUGUUGAAUUUAGCCACAGAGGGGGGACUGGCCUUUGAUGCUUAUACCCAUACCAUGCUGAUUGAUGGGCUCUGCAAAGCUGGAGAUUUUGAUGGAGCUGAGAGGCAUCUCAAUCAUAUGAAAAUUAUGGGCUUCAAUUGCUUAGUUGCUCUUAAUUGCUUUAUUGAUGGACUGUGUAAGUCUGGCCACUUAGAUUAUGGGCUGAAAGUUUUUGAUUCAAUGGAUGCAAAGGAUUCUUGUACAUACUCUUCCUUAAUACACAGCCUUUGCAGGGCAAAUAGGUGCCGUCAUGCUGCUGACCUCUUACUAUCCUGCAUUAAAGACGGAAAAAGAGCACUAAGAUCGGAUCAAAAGGCAGUUUAUAAUGGUAUUUGUCAAACAUAUUCCAAGAGGGAUGCCAAGAAAUUUAUGCUAAAAAUCCGGGUAGCCAAGUUGUUGCACCAUUAAAUUGUCAUUGCUGUCAAUGGUGAUUGCUGUCGCAGUCACUAUGGAGGAGAUGCAGUGCACUAUGACCGACAUAAGGUCAGAAAUGAUGGCCCUAACAGUUGAUGUUUCAUUCACAAGCCUUGAUUAAUUACUCCCAUGGUGUAAUGUUACCAGGCUUCCCAAACCAAGCUAAUUCAUUUCGCAGUAAAGCUGCAAGUGCAUUGACAGUGGUGAUAAUCUGUGUGUGCUGUCAAGAUGACUGUUCGCUUUAUUUUGCUGUCUCUGGGGCUGCUAGAACUUGCUUUUCUGGCUCUACAUCCAGUAAAAAAAGUGGAGGGAUCUUUAAGAUGGCUUGAGCUACUGUGAUUCUUUGUUUCUGGCCACCUGAAAAUUAAAUUCACUGUUGCCCAACUUAGUUGUGCAGCACUGAUGCUCCUUCAGCUUCAUCUGAUGAAAGGGAAUGCAUUUGUCCAUUCAGCUGCGUUCUGCACCUGACCAACAUCUGCAUUUUGGUUUCCUAUCUUGAUGUUUCCAGAGACUAAAGUCGGUUCUUGUGAAAGCAAUCCUAUGUUUUGCCCGAGGCACUUCAAGUAAAGAUCCUUGAUGUGUAGUUGUCUAUGGAAAUCUCACCUGAGGAUUUUAAACUCAGUCUGUCUUCUUAACUUGAAUCCAUGUGAACUUACUAGAAAUAAUGAUCACCUCUUAGAAGAUCAUACACCAUAGAAUCGUGUUAUUAAUGACAUGAUGACACACUUCGCCCAUCCACUGCUUCCAACAAGAGCUAGCGCUUUGCCUGCUGUGAUUGGCAAGGAGAAACCUUGAACAACUAUUGCCUGAUUGAAGAUUUGUAUGCCUGCCUGGCGAGGCAUGAGUGAGUGAUCUUAAGUUGAAAGGGAUGUAACCAAAUCCUGAUGAACGGCUUCCUUGUCACUCCCAGCAGCUGCCACACCACAACAACUCCAAUCCACACAAUCAGCGGUGCGCCCAUAAACAGAAACCCCGUCUUUCGAACGUGCCUGUGUCAACUACCAAUGGUGCAUCCCUUCAAUCUACUUAUGUAAGCAUUCUGAGAAAGGAUUUGGUUGCUGAAUUCCUCCAGUUUUGAUGUGGCUGGCUGGUUGACUGGCAUCAAGCAAGCACAAGGCAGUACAUAGAAUAUUAAUUAGAGGCGAACUGGUUUUCAUUUCUGAGAUUAGAGUAGGUAUCUUCUUCACCAGUCCAGUCUACUCCACAGAUUGAUUGGAAUCUGCAAGUGAAAUAGCAACAACAAUAAUAAUUAUGGAAUGUCUUUUUUUCGAACAAUAAUUAUAAAAUAGGUAGAUUAAACUUUACAAUA